CGAGACAAUCAUCCAUCAGAGCAUAGUCGCCAGCAAAGAAAACCCUUCCUGAAGUGGGUUUUCUUUGGCUGUGCUGAACUGUGUCUUGGAGCUUAGCCUGCAGAUAGCAGAAGGAAUUUUUCACAGUAAAUAGGGUUUCACAGACGCUGGCGAGCUGGAAUUGGAAUUUUCACACCUAAGCGAAAUUAAGCCGGGUUGUUUCUGUCACAAUGUCGUAUAUUUCGUGUCUCUGCUGUCUAUUGGGAGCUUUGAUGCUAGCUGGAAUGGCUAACGGCCUGACUGGGUUACGUCUUAGAGGCGGAAAGCAUCGCUUUGAGGGUAGAGUGGAAGUUGAAUAUAAUGGUCAGUGGAGAGGCGUGUGUGACCAUGGCUGGGACCGGAAUGCGGCGAUGGUUGUAUGUCGAAUGCUUGGAUUUCCUGACGCUUUGCGCUAUUUUAGAGGGUUAGUAUGGCUAAUCUUCAAAAUCUAAUUUUUCCCAGUUAGAAUUGAUAACAUUGCAGUAAAGUUAUAUCGCAUCUUUUAAAAACAUUUUAUAUUGUUGCAUCUCAAGUCAUUCAGGUAGACAUUAAUUAUCACAAGACACGUAAAUACACUUUUGUGCACUAAAAUAUUUACGUGUAGUUGAAAUUUAUUUAUAUAACCUAUGAUCCCCUAACUGGAGUGCGUGCUCGGAUCCUGGGGAUUGACAUGCAAUUCAGCUUUUCUAGCAAAGACAUUCAAUGUGCAUCGGGAGCCUAAAUUACACCCUGGACAUUACACAAGUGUUAGAAGUUAUCAAUAAUCUUUCAAUCUGAAACAAUUGUUUAUCUAAUUUGUAGAUUACUGGGAUAUUUUCUGUAAGAGGAGAUUUUCUAUACUCGGUUAUAAACGGGUAGCAGGCGCAUGAGAGAUAGUUGGUCUCUGAAGCUUUUGAUCCAAUCUCGAAAUCUUGGAAUCAUUUGUGCGCGGAGAUGCGUGCCUGCCUGCCUCGCGCGCACUGUCAAUUUAGAUCUCAUUUGUCAGCUUGAAUAGAAAUAAUAUGAAAUAAGAACCAUCAAUGCGCCUUAGACCACAGAAACCUUCAUUCGUGACAGAAAAUAUAGUAUUUCGUGAUUUCCAUUCCGACUUCACAGCAAUCAAGAUGUGGGGCAAAUAAUUAAUCGAAUUAGACCAUAGUGGUCUUCUGAUGAAAUGUAUUUGGGAGACCCGAAGUAUACCCCUGCAUACGAUAUCCGCGCCAUAAGCCUAUAACCCACUAUUGUAUGGUAAUUUAAAAAGUUAUACGAAUUGCGGACGGGCUCGGCGUAGUCUCAUGUAACAAAAGAGUAUAUUCAACAAUUAAAUGCUAAGGGUUCUGAGGAUGAGUUUAAGCCGAAAACUGACCAACGCAGCUAAUUUCUCUGCAAGAUACCCUGUAAUCAUCCAGGACUUCUAGGGGAAAAGUUCCGGGGGGAGGCUGCCUCUCUCUCACUCUCUCUCUCUCUUCUCCUUUACUUCCCUUCCGGGGGGUACUCUCUCAUAUGGUCAUUGCGGGUAUGUGCCUCUGGACAGGUUAUGGUUUUUGACCUCUCUGUCCUAAACUGGGAGUAUAAUUUUGUGGGGAGUCUGUCCUAAUUAUAAACAGGAUGAAAUUUGUUUGCAAUCCAAGUACACAAAAGCAAUGACUAUAUCGGGAAUUUGCUCUUUCGCAAUUGCCUGUAAAUGGCUUUAAAACAAAACGACGUGCAUUUCUUCCUUUGUCCUUAACAGGGUAUUAGAACUGAGGGUGUCGUCCUAAACAGGGUCAGGGUGUCAGACCCUCAGCGGCUCACCUAUACCCAAAUAUUUGACGAGUACCCCCCCGGUUUUUUCCCCUCUCUGACUUCGUGUCCCUGCGUCCCACUCCAAUGUAUGAACGCCUGGCACAGGCUAACCACUGACAUACAGCUGGCUUUCUUUAAAGGUCCGAACACUUUGGUAAAGGAACAAAGGAUUUCUGGCUGGAUGACGUAAGAUGUUCCGGAUAUGAAAACUCCAUAGCGCAAUGUCCUCACAGGGAAUGGGGACACCACAACUGUCAAGACAUCAACCCUGCGGGGGUCAUGUGUAAACUCCAUAACAAAGACAUAAUUGCUAAGCCCAAGCAUUCCGAGGCUAGUGGUAAGGUAAUCUGUCAGCUUUUUUUAUCUUUUAUUGCUAUAGAGCUUUAGAUUCGAGGACGAGAACGACUGAGAGUACGAGAUUCUCUCAAUAGUAAGUAGUACUCGCGCGUGAACCAGCGUCAUUUUGGCGGGAAAAUGUGAUACCCGUCGCCAUUCUACAACGAGUUUUGGCAAGAAUGUCGCAGUGGCGGGAACAAGUUAUCAAAUCUAAGAAGUUUUAUCAUUUUGCUAUUGAACCGUACUGACUUUUCUGGUGAAAAAAAGUAAAAUGACGCUUUCCGGGGUGUCGUUUUUUUUAGAACACGCGAAAAAACUCUAGGUUAAAUCUCGUACUCUAAGACGAGGACGACUAUCGAGUACGGGAUUUUCUCAAUAUUAAGCAGUGCUCGCGCGUGAACCAGCGAAAUUUUGGCGGGAAAACGUGAUAGCCGUCGUCAUCCUACUACGAGUUUUAGCGAGAAUGUCGUGUUAGCGGACACAAGUUAUAAAGUGUUUUGGGUUUUAUUAUUUUGCGGCUGGGAGAUAGCUUAACCUCCUUCAAUCAAGAUAAGAGUGCUAAUUUUUUUUUGGGUGAAAAAGAUGUACAAUGAAGCUAGCUGGGAGACUAUUAUUUGAGAAUACGCGCAAAAAAUUUAAGUUAAAUCUCGUAGUCGUAGUAGUUCUCGUCAUAGAAUCUAAAGGUCUCUAUUUUUUAAGCUCUCUACUGUUACAGGGGAAUUCGGUUAAUACGGACACGAAAGGACAUGCAUUAGUGUGCGUAUUAUCUGGGUGUUCCGUAUAAAGCGGACACUUGGGGAAAAAAGUCCCGGACACUUUUUCAAUUAUCUUAAGACGAAAGCAGACAUUUUUACGAGACGUCGUAUAAUUUCUUAAAGUUAGCUAUAAAAAGUUCAUCCUAAAAACCUCACGAUCACUUAUCAUAGUCUCUGACUAGAACUAACCUUUCAAGUAGUCUUGUCUUGAAAAACAACAAAGGAAUCCGUGACUUUUAAUUUGUACUUGCGCUUUUGCGAUUUAGCCAGUGGACUGAAUGUAAAACAGAGCCUUUGAAAGGUCAUCCGCUGUUUCUGUUAGUUGUUCAAUGGUGUUUCACAGUUAUAGACAGAUAUAGCUAUAGACAGUGCUCAAAUAAACAAUGUCCGUAAAGAGGGGUUGACGAUAUAUGAGAGUUUGUAAUUAACUCGAGACACAGAAAAGUGUCCGAUGUCCUUAUCAACCGUUGUCCGUAUUAAGGGGGGCAAUUUGAGAGAAAAUGUAUGAGCUUUUCGUCGGGACAAACGAAACUUAUAUACGGAUGUCCGUAUUAGGCGGGUGUCCGUAGAGCGGGGUUCCAUUGUACUGUUCUUGCGCCGGUUUUCGUUACGGUUGCUAUUUUUGUUGUUGUCGUUGUUGCUGCUUUUGCUACAGGUUAACCAGGAGAAGAUAAUAAAAUUCAGUGACUGAAUACACGUAUCUGAAAGGAGUGACCAGGUCCCCGUCUUAGGAAAGCGUGCAUUUUAUUGAAAAUCACAGAAAAUGACUGAAGAACAGCAGACACCAGCUCUAGGUGUCCGUCCGUUCCAUGGAGGUGUCCGCCGACACAGACAGUUCUACGUGUCCGUUGUAGGGGAGUGUCCUUCUCAAAAAGAGGUCCCGUGACAGCGUUGACUGUAACACACACUUUUAAAAAUCAAGAUCGGGCGAGUCUGUAAGAAGUGCUGCCCAAGUAUUUGUAUAAAGAAAGGUUAUACGUGAAAAAUGCAGCCUUGCUUCGACAGUUUGUCCGGAAAAGUAUAUUGUACGGUAAGAGACAAAACUCUUAUCGCGCCUUAGUUGCUGUAAUCGGCCUAAGCCUUUAAGUUAAAGACUCGAUACUUAAACUUGUGAAUCGCCUAGAAAAGUCUCACAUAUUGUAUUGUGCAGUAUUUUAGUCGACUAUAGGGCAACUUCCAGAAAGGCGCUUCCUUGAUAUGUAAGAUUCGUAAUAUAUAGUUUUGCAGUAAGUAUCUGUUCAAGUCAGGAAGGCCACUAAAGUCGUAAAUUGUAAAUAGUGUCAAAAUUUUAGUGUCAAAACUACGAGACGUAUAGGAUUGACGUUUCUAUUGGAGAGCAUGUUUCAAAAUCUUGCCUCUAUAUCGUGGCAAAACGCCUUCACGAGUAUCAGUGAAGGCCACAUAACGCAUCAAAAUUUGCUUUCAUAAUGGGUCACUUACUGUCCAAAGCUUUGAAGCACGAUACACCGAACAGUUAACCUUCAACAUUCAUACGCUAUGGUCCGUCUUUCUUUGUAGGUCUCAAUGGUGAAAAUAAGACUGCGAGGCCCUGUUGUGAGUGACUACAUCUCUGAGGGUGUGGUCCAGGUGGAACACGAGGGAAAGUGGGGGUACAUCUGUCCUUCUGGCUGGACAUCUGUUAACUCGUACGUUUUAUGCGGACAUCUUGGAUUCCCAAACGCUGAGGAGCAGGAGUCGUAUUCAGUGACGAUACAGGAGAUGGAGCCCGUUUAUUGGCUGGACCAAGUCACGUGUAAAGGUUGGGAAUCGACAAUCAUGUCAUGUGACCAUGCGGGGUGGGGCCAUCAUCAUUGUGAGAGUGGUGGGGUGUUAAAGAUCAAGUGUACUCGAAGAAAUGAAGGAAAGGUAAGUGGCAUUAUUUACCACCAUCAACAUACGGUUUACUCCUAAAGGCCCAUUUACAAAAACGACUUUCAGUGUUAUUUUUGCUGCAAUUUAAGCAAAGAAUUUUUAGGCGCGACCUCACAUGUACCUCGCAUAUCAAGGCUGAGUCUAGGUAAAGUGUAAAUAACAUUGAGAAGAAUUAUGGAAUUUCUCAAAAAAUUAUUCAUGAAAAUGAUCCUUACUACAAAGACAAAUUUUGGAGAGCUAAAAGAAAACUCAAUUUUUUAAUAUUUGUGCCCGAUAUUUCGGUUUGAAACAUUGAGCAAGAAGAUAAACUGUAUGUAUUUCAAACCGAAAUAUCGGGAAUAAAUUAGCUGUCCUUUCUCUCUUUACCGCAAGGAUCAAUUAGCUGCUAAUUAUUCAAUUUCGUUCUUUGUACUGAUCCACAAUUUGAGAUCUUUUUUAAGACUCAACCACUGACUCAUUAGUUUAUAAUCGUUUUUGGCUGAUCUAUUUUAAUUUUUUUUAUGAUUCAUCAUCUUAAUGUUAUUCUCGUUUUAUACCUUUUCCAUUAUUUCUGUAAUAUAACGGAUUUUCAUAUAGAACCUAUGUGAAAAUAUGGCUGAUUCACUUAUGCACAUUCCCUACCUUCUAAAUUGGACUUCCGGGAUUGGAUGAACUGUUCAUUUACACUUACAGGAGCCCAUAAUCGGGAGUGUGCAACUUCCAUACUCGGCUUAUGCUACGGCGUUUUCACAGACAAGUUUAUUUUUAGCACCAUUAUGCAACACCUUUUCCCGCGAAAAUUGAAACACUGUCUCGUAUGAUUGCGCAUCCUAGGAAGAUAAUUACAAUUUUCAAAACAUGACAAAAACAAUUUCUAAGUCUCCUGUUUUUUGCUGAUGGGUUUGUAGAGCUUAUGAGAUAGUCAAAAUUCGCAGGAAACUCGAUCUAACGAUUGAUGAACUGGUCUGUGAAAAAGCCGUUGCACCGGCAAAAGGGAGUUGCUCGUUCCGGGCUAUGGGCUCCCCCGGGGGAACUCACUUAUAAAAGUGACAGGGAUCCUCGUAAGAAAAUCAAAAUUAAACCUCUAAGGGAGACCUAUGUAGGUGUGGCUCAAGCUUAAAGUGACCCCUGAAGGAGACCAUACCAAAACAGACAUUACGUCUUUUUUUUGUAAAUUUCUUUAUUUACAGCCCUAAGCGAUACUUAAAUGAGCAAAUAUAGUGACUUUCCGUCCCAAACACCGCACGUGAGACCAAAAUCUUCAAUUUACACCCCUCAGCAAGACGACAAGCAUCCCUGUCACUUUUAUAUGUAGCUCCCCCCCUCCCCCCUUCCGAGGAGGGGCUCCUGCUUAUGUCAUAUGACUUCACUCAUUUAGCCACUAGAGGUACGUCUUCGUGGUGGAGUCCAGGUCUCCGAAGGGCGUGUGGAAAUUAAACACGGUGAAGUCUGGGGCACUAUCUGUGAUGACCACUGGACUCUAAAUGAAGCAAAUGUCGUCUGCAGAUCACUAGGAUAUGGGUCAGCAGCAGAAACAGCAAGGAAUUCGUAUUACGGGAGAGGAGUUGGAAGGGUCAGUGAUCUAGUUUUAGAUUAUGCGUAUCGUUUCGUACUACUAAUCCUUUACAUGAGCAAACAUGUUAUUAACCAAUAUUUUCCAGUGGCCGGAGAGAUAACGUAUAGAUAACGUAGAGAUACGGAAUGUUUUGUCCUUUUUCACCUGGAUUGAUUUUCCAGGUGUGUUUUCGUGCUUGAGCGCGAAAGCGCACCUGACAUUACAAUGGUGUUUACAUAAUAAAAACGCACUUUAUAAAUUUGAGUGUGAAUAUACUUCUAGCACGAUAAUUAAGGACACUGUUUUACGUUUCCUACUGGUGACGGAACCUUCCUUGAAUUUACCUGUUCAUCCUAGCCGGGCGAACAACUUAACCGUUGUUUAUGUUAAUGAUAAAAAAAUAUGGUUUUCCCUUAGUCAAUGUUAGGAAAUAACAGCAAUUACGCGCACGGUACAAACCUUUAUCUUUUGUUCAACAUUAGGCCAAGAGUGGGGGAAAAGGGACAAAUGAGGUAAAAAGUAUCAGCCUUCCCAUCACUUUGACGAUGAUUGCAGUCCUACUGUGGUGGAACGAAUAACUGCGAUUUUGAACACCUUGGUAGUUAUUAAGUGCUGAAAAUCUGAUAUAUUCUUAUUCCAGCGUCUUUCGUGGUAUCACUUGGACAGCACGAAAUCUAAAUUUUAAUCAGUCUUAUUGCGAUUCCUAGUGUUUGUAUUUCAACUCACAAAAAGGCUCGACCUGAUCAGCGGCGAAAACUAUACCGGAUAGGAUUUCUGUUGUAACGUAAGUGGGUGAUUUCGAGCGCGAUUUAUGUAACGGAGCGAAGCUGCGCCGGGCUGAUCUCUAAAAGGGAGGGUCGCAUAUGGGAUAGUUGUUCAUACUCUACUGGACAGCUUUUGGUGUCCGCACGAAACUUAGCUAUCCGGUAGAUUUGCCCAUGACCGUGUACCUCUCAAACUUGUUGCCCAAACUGAAUGACUUUUCUUCAUUGUUCUGCUACAAGCUAGGGCUUCUUGUGAGGUCCGUGCUGGGUUUCUUUAAGACUGAUUCCUAAGUGACACUUUCUCGAGUGCAAAAUGAGGAAUGCUGUCAGUACUCAAGUCAAUCCUGGAAGGAAUUUCCAAAAGAAUUGUUUUAAAAAUAAAGCAUUCACUGAAAAUGCAGACCUUUCUGAGAUUUUGAAGAAUGCUCCUUCGUAUGCGUAUCGUUCAGUGGUGAAAGAAAAUAGAGAAAACAACCAACUUUUCGACGUUUUACUGAUCAUUACUGUUUUAAAUUACUGUUUCGACUUUAGGUCAUGAUGGAUAACGUUUAUUGCCGAGGAACGGAGAAAAGCAUUGGUCAGUGUCGUCAUCGUGGCUGGCACAGAUCGAACUGCGAUCACUAUGAAGAUGUUGGAGUCAAAUGUCACGUGCCACAGCUGCAAGGACAUAAGGUACGCAUGCUCCAACCUAAAGUAGUACGUACAGGUUGUCUGAUAUAUGAUUUAAUUUUGAACCCAAUUUGCCCAUUCCAGCAUUAGGAGGGAAGAAAUAAAACCGUAGAUCUUCCAGACCUCUCUUUUCAUUUGGCUAAAUAAGUAGGAUCCUCUUUUGUUUUUAGGGCAAGGGUAUCUAUUGUUUCGUUUUCCAAUCGCAGACCACGUCUGGAGAACUACUGACAUUCUCCGGGGCCAGGGACGGAAUGCCCAUAUUAAAUUGUGCUUGUACAAAAGCUGUUAAUAAUUCAGUCACUAUCGUUUUUCCCUCUCCGCAAAGACCCCACUACACAAAAAGGUCUCUGUAAAGGAGUGCGCGUAAUUGAUGAGUCCACGUCUCAUUGAUUUCAGCCGUGAGGUAAUUUUUUGAAACGUCAAGCAUCGUAGGCUUUCACGAGCAUUAACUUUGUUAAAUUUUUUUAAAAAAUGCCAAAAAUCCGAAAAGUUGCUACCUUCAUUUCAAAAUUUGCUACGUAAAUUUCUUGAUAUUUUAAAUUUAAACGUUUUUCCGACUCCUCCCACAAAUUUUCUAAAGAAAGCGAAACGCCCUGGGGACAAGAGUUUGCGAUUUAAAGCGCUUCUCGAUCAAUCGACAUUAGAAGAUUUCACUGCAUUUUAUAAUUUUCAACAGAUAAGGCUCCGUGGCGGUGGGUACCCUCGAGAGGGGCGGGUUGAAGUGCUUCAUGAUAAUAGAUGGGGAACAGUGUGCGCUGAUGGAUGGGGGAUACAGGAAGCCAUGACAGUCUGCAGACAGUUGAACCUUGGAUUCGCAGGCCGAGCUGUUACUAACAAAAAGUUUGGUGAUACCGAUCUGAAAGUUAUUAUGUCUGGAGUUAAAUGUCGCGUUGACGAGAUCUCGCUUUAUUACUGUCAACAUGAUAACUGGGCUAACACAACCUGCGGCAGCGAGGACAAGGUUGCGGGAGUUGUUUGUGUUGAUGGUAUGUUACUAGUGAAAGAGAUAGACCACGAGUUCAAAGGCGUGACAAUAGCUAACCACGAGAGAAUGACUGGAAAACGGACAAUUUGACUAACAUUAAACGACUGUUCAACUCUGAAAACAGACCUAGUCUCUAUUUUUUCAUUGAUUUUGAUGGGUUAUCAUGUGCUUUUUAGUUAAAUUUCAUUGGCUAGUGAUUUUGUUACUUGAUUUUCAUUGGCUCUUUAACUGUCCGAUUUGACCUGUCAGAUUACAAGCUCCUGGUAAUCGGACGGGUCCAAUCGGACAGUUUUGGAGUUACAAUAGCACAAUUAAGCUAUAAAUAUGGGCUGUUGAGAACCAAUCAGAUUCAAGACUCCACUCAGUCCUAUUACCAUUAUUUAUCAGGAACUCAACAGAUUUAGUCAUUUCUUAUAAGAGUCAAUUAACAUUAUUAUUUACAGUUGUUGUUAUUAUUAGUAGUAGUAGUAUUAUUUUUACUAUUGUUAUUGUUAUUGUUUUUUAUUAUUUUCAUUACCAUCAUCGUCAUCGUCAUCAUCAUCAUUAUCAUUAUUUGUUUGAGGGACGUCUGCUUGCUUGGUAUCAGAUUAUACAGUACAUGCUAUUGCAUGGCAGAUACACCUUUCCCUUUUUUUCUUUUUGCAUUUUAGCUUUACCGGAUAUUGUCCCUGAUAUUGAUGUCCUUCGUCGUGAUAUGCGAUUGAGCAUUGUUCCUAUGCAGUACCUGAGGUGCCCACUGGAGGAAAAUUGUCUUUCGGAUUCUGCAGGUUAUGUCAUCAGGUAACCGAGACGUCAUUUGUGAUUCAGUCAGUGCGUCAAUCAGUCAGUCAGUAAGUCAUUCAGUUAUACUAUCAGUGAGUCAUUCCAUCAGUGAGGCAAUGCGUUUUCCUAGAAGUCUAGCUUGCGUAGCUUAUUCGUGUGCCCGCGGUACUCUCUCGGCAGCUGAGCCGCCACUCGAAGCGAGGGGUGAAGCCGCGAGGGAAAAAUUCAAAUUGACUUGUACCCACUCUUCUCGCGGCUUCACCGCCAAAACAGCACUCCCACGCUGAUCCCGCCUGCUACGCAGGCCACCUGAAGUCAUUUACUUAAUAUUACCCUUCCCAAUUAAUCUUUCAUCCAGUUCUCCUCUUUCAUUUUAUAACUUUUUCUUUCUACUACAUUCACCAAGAUUCUGUUCAUUUCAGUGACUCAAUAUAUUAUAUGCGGCGACUUUUGAGGUUUAGCGUCCAAAUUGAAAAUCAAGGGUUAGCAGAUUUUCGUCCCGUUGUACCCAAAAGUGAAUGGAUUUGGCACAAGUGUCACAAGCACUAUCACUCCAUGGAGACGUUCUCCUCGUAUGAUGUAAUCAGUAAGUUUCAUUUUAAUGACGACCUGUCAGUGGAGUUAAAAGUGAUGGUAUUUUUAACAUAUCUUGCUAGGAGCCUAAUUCCUGGAACGCGUAAUUUCAGUGUACAAAGCUUUUGUCUCGGCGUUUUCACAGUCCAGUAAUUUUUUUCUGACGUAGGGACAUUUAGAAUUCGAGCAAAAUGUAAGCUCCUAUACAAGAGUGCGCGCAGUAGUCGUAUUUCGUUCCGAAAAGUUUAUGCGAUUCAAUCGAUAACCUUUAUCAAUCGCACUUUCAGAGCACCCCCAAGAACCUAACAUUAGUACGACUGGGGACGCAAUGAAGCUCAAUGAUGUUCUUCGGUAGAUUUGGGCCAACUUUUAACAGGAUAAGCUAUUCAGGAGUAUUCAGAGCCUUCCCUUGUCAUUAUCCCUGCAGGUUUAAACCAGGGGGAGAAAAUAGCAAAGGGCCACAAAGCCAGCUUUUGUUUAGAAGACAGUAAGUGCACGGCAGGAUAUGACAGGAGAUUUAACUGUUCCGUACGGGGAGGCCAGGGAAUAUCCCCUGGAUGUUACGAUCUCUACAGCUGGAGGACCGACUGUCAAUGGGUGGAUGUUACAGAUUUUCCACACGGUACAUAUUUCCUCCGAGUGCAUCUGAAUCCAGGGAACCAAGUUGCGGAGUCAGACUUUAGGAAUAACGUCGCCAAGUGUUCUGUGUAUGAUUACGGCAACUUCGUCAUUACCCGGAAGUGUUGGAUUGGUAGGAUUGAAUUUAAAACUAUGUUAAUUACAUUUAAAGCAAUUUAUGGGCUAGCUCCAAGUUAUAUUUGUGAACUUAUUACUUUCAAGGAAAGUGGAAGGUACAACGUAACAUGAGGUUAAACAAAGGACUCCUCCCACCAGCUCCAAGUAUUAUUAGGUGAUCGGACCUUUUGGCUGAGGAACCAAAUCUUUUGAACAGUUUGCCUGUUAAUAUUCGUAAUGAGGAAAAUUUUAAGAAGAGUAAGAAUUAAGGUUGCGUUGCUUUUUUCGGAAAUCCAAAAACUAGUUUUUAAACUCCGAGUGGAUUUGUAGUUUUUGCGUAUGUGCAUCUAUGUGGGCACGGGUGACAAAAAAUCCUGGCGGCUUUCUGCGAAAAUGUGAUCGAUGGCCACCACGUUCUAGCAGGUUCGUGUGUGAGAGAUCAGAGAGAUGUUGGGGAGGGAAAAAGCCCUGGUAACGAAAUUGGCCCCGCUUCUUGAAUUUUCAUGACGUCAUACCUUUUUGGAAGGGUUUUACCCAAGUCUUUUACGGGUAGGCUCCGGCCCGAGGUCCAGUCCCUUACCAUUUCGGUAUGUACCAUUUUUACGAGAUAGGGAAAAAGGUUUACCCCUAAAUUUAUAAAGAUGACAUACCCUUUAACAUUGGUGUCCUACUUAGGAACAAGAAUAAAUCGCUUGAAACAGAAACUUCGGUUUUGGAGUUACCAUUUAUUAAACUGAAAUUACUUCUACUUGAGGAACCGAGAUAAGAUCAUUACAGGAAAUAUUUAUUCUGAGACGGGAAUGUUAACUUUAACAAAAAUCUUCCAAAAUCAAUAAGUUUUUAACUUGGGACAAUAAUACUUUCAGGUGACGCUGGCCAGCUAAAUUCCCCGCGUCACUGUCAAAGCCUGAAAAUUGGAAGUCGUAAUGAUGUCGCAAAAAACGAAAAAUCCCUUUUAAACGAAACAUUUGUUUAUGAAAAGAUGUUUAGGUACUGUAAUACCUCGUAAAAGUAGAAACUCAGAAGAAUCGAUAGUUUCUUAGUUUGAUUUUCGGUGACGUCACGUGCAACCCAAGAAUAGAUUUUCUACUCUUCCGUAUACUUCAACUCCUGAACUCCCUAACCAUUGAGUUAACUUCGGCCUGAAAAAGGUUACCCUUUUGGGCUGAGCCUCCCCGUAUAUAGGGGAUGCCCCCCCGGUUUUACAGUUGCGGGUAUUUACCAAUUAUUCUGUCUUAAGGCACGUCUUUUGUUUCUUCCUUGGUUAGAGGAAUGUGACAGUGGAAUAGACACACACGGUGGGAAUUCUGGAGGGAAUUGCUGUGUGUUUCCAUUUCUGUAUAAAGACAAACUUUAUCACGACUGCACCAUGGACGGUUACAGCAAAAAAUGGUGUUCUACGUCGUAUAGUUUUAGUGAUGAUGGAAAAUGGGGACUGUGCUACAUCUAG